AUGAAGAAGAAAGGAUCUGCCUCCAGCGCAUCGGGGCCCUCAGCACAGGUGCUUGGUCUGGUAGACGCAUUUCUGGCACAAAAUGGCAUGCAGACUACGCAUAAGGCGUUCGUCAAAGAGGCCACAAAACUGCGACAUAGUGCCGGCUGGCCGGCGCCUGACGAAUCCAUGGCUGAAGUGAGGCUUCAAACCGUUUUUGAUGCUUUCAAAAAGGAUACAACUUCGCCUCCGGCAAAAGCUGGACCAAAUUCUGACAGCGAAUCCUCGGCCUCCGAUGACGAGUCAAGCAGUGCAAGCCCUAGCCUAAGCAGCAGUGAGGACAGCACCAGCGAGGGUAGCACUAGUGAAGAUAGCACCAGCGAGGAGGAAUCCAAAUCCGAAUCCGAAGUGGCAACCAAAACUAAGAAACCAGCAAAAAUCAAGAGGAGCAAGAAUGCAAAGCGGUCCGUUUCCCCUUCGUCUUCAUCUUCCUCUUCCUCCGACAGUGAUGCCGAUGAUGAGGACGAGGAGACCGGCUCAACCCGCGCCGUAGCCGCAGUCACUCAAAAUUCAUCAUCCAAUGCGAAUGUGGGGGCCGGGGCGGCUUUGAAGAAGAGCCUGAAACGGAAAGCAGAGUCCAGCUCAUCAGACUCUGAAUCGUCUGAGUCGGAUUCUUCCGAAGAGGAGCCACCGGCAAAACGGACCAAGGUUGCCCAGAAGCCCGUGGCGUCCGUUAGCUCUUCGAGCGAAUCUUCGUCGUCAUCAUCGUCGUCAUCAUCGGAGGAAGAAGAGCAAAAGAGUGCUGCGAAGCCGAUCGACAAGAAAAAUAAAUUAGUCGCAGCAGCCGACACGCGGUCCGAGUCCUCUGGUACUGUGGAGGGCGACAACGGUGGGGUUACACACGACUUGUCGCACACCGAGGGUUUAAUGCACCAAGAUCGUAGGGGCAUGCUCGACAAUAUGGAAGCUGCUACAAACCGAAAAAAGCAUGCUGGUGCACGACCAACCCCAUUGGCCCAACUCUCGGCACAGGCCAGCGAUGAAAACUACCUUAGCAAUGCUUACCAGAGCUAUGAUUAUGCGGAAAAGGCGUACAGGGACCUUUCGGUCACGCGAGGCAAAGGAUUCACCAAAGAGAAGAAUAAGAAGAAACGGGGAAGCUAUCGUGGUGGACCCAUCGACAUCAGUGGUGGGAAGAGCUUCAAGUUUGAGGAUUGA